UAAGUUUUGGAUACGCAUCAUUUUUCGACCGUUGUUCUAAAAUGAGAUCUCAAAACGGAUGAACGGGGUGGAUUUCUCACAAAAAUAUCAGUGGGGCCCACCCAGCAUCCUUGCGCAAGAACUUCCUGCGAAAGAAAUCCGCGUCCUCUCCUCUCAGUUUCCCCCGCCAUCAAAAUACCUUCCAAUCACAAUCUCAAAUCCUCCCUAUCUUCCAAACUAGAAAUGAGAAUCUUUCUCCCGUAAUAAGAAUUGGAACAGGAAAUCGGACACAAGAUGAGCGGAAACGAGUUCCGAUUCUUCCUGUCUUGCGACAUCAAUCUGCCCGUCACCUUCCGCAUCGAACGAUUGGAAGGGAAUCUUCCAGCAGCGACUGCAUCCGACACUGAAUUUGAUUCUUCAAUUGAGAACAGGAGUGCAGAGCUAUAUGUAGAGUGUAUUUUGUUCAUUGAUGGUGCCCCUUUUGGGCUUCCAAUGAGAACAAGCUUGGAAUCUGCUGGACGACCAUAUUGCUGGAAUGAAAUGAUCACACUGAGUGCAAAGUAUCGGGACUUAACUGCUCAUGCACAACUUGCACUAACUGUCCGGGAUGUAUCUUGUGGGAAGGAUGAUGGAUUAAUUGGUGGGGCAACCAUUCUUCUCUUUAAUCGUAAAAAGCAACUUAAAAUGGGGAAGCAGACACUUAGACUCUGGCCAAGGAAAGAGGCUGAUGGAUCAUAUCCUUCAACAACUCCUGGAAAGGUUCCUAGGCAUGAGCGUGGAGAGUUGGAACGUUUGGAGAAGCUUUUUAACAAGUAUGAAAGGGGACAAAUUCAACAGAUUGAUUGGCUGGACCAUCUCACAUUUAAAGCUCUGGACAAGAUCAAGGAAAGGGAAAGCUCUAGAAGUGGGGAUUCUCACAUAAGCCUGAUAGUUGACUUCUGCAGUUUUGAACAUAGAGUUGUUUUUCAGGAGUCAGGAGCAAACUUCUUUUCCCCAUCUCCAAUAUCUUCCACAAAUGAGCUUGUCACUGUAUGGGAUCCGGAGGUGGGAAGAAUAAAUCCUUCUGAGCAUAAGCAACUCAAACUAGCAAGGAGUUUGACUCGUGGAAUCAUUGAUAGGGAUCUAAAACCGAGCUCAAAUGAAAGGAAAUUGAUUCAAAGAAUACUAAAGUAUCCUCCAACACGCACACUCAGUGGAGAUGAAAGGCAAUUAUUGUGGAAGUUCCGUUUCUCCUUGAUGUCAGAGAAGAAGGCCCUCACAAAGUUUCUUCGUUGCGUCGAAUGGAGUGAUGUUCAGGAAGCAAAGCAGGCAUUAGAUCUGAUGGGGAGGUGGGAAACCAUUGAUGUAACCGAUGCACUGGAGCUUCUUUCUCCUGUUUUUGAGAGUGAAGAACAGGUUCGUGCAUAUGCUGUAAGUGUUCUUGAACGAGCUGAUGAUGAAGAGCUCCAAUGUUAUUUACUUCAACUGGUGCAAGCUCUUCGGUUCGAGCGAUCCGAUAAGUCUCGCCUAUCACAUUUCCUUGUGCAACGCUCAUUAUGCAAUAUUGAGCUGGCUAGCUUUCUUCGCUGGUAUGUGACCGUGGAACUUCAAGACCCUGCCUAUGCGAAACGUUUUUACUGCACCUAUGAAAUCCUAGAAGAAAAUAUGCUGAAAUUACCAGCUGGUGUCAAUGGUGAAGAAGAUGGGUUCACCUUGUGGCAGAAUUUGAUGCGUCAGACAGAACUGACUGCCCAGUUAUGUUCUAUAAUGAGAGAUGUGAGAAAUGUACGUGGUGGGACCCAGAAGAAAAUUGAAAAGCUAAGGCAGCUACUUUCUGGUCUUCUUAGCGAGCUUACUUAUUUUGAAGAGCCAAUACGAUCACCUUUGGCACCUGAUGUACUCAUCACUGGCAUCGUGCCAUCAGAAUCAUCGAUUUUUAAAAGUGCGCUGCAUCCUCUUCGUCUGACAUUUCGUACAGCAAAUGGUGGAAGCUGCAAAGUGAUAUUUAAGAAGGGGGAUGACCUUCGGCAAGACCAAUUGGUUAUUCAAAUGGUUUCUCUCAUGGAUCGAUUGCUUAAAUUGGAGAAUCUUGACUUGCAUUUAACGCCCUAUAGAGUGCUCGCCACAGGACAAGAAGAAGGAAUGCUGGAAUUUAUACCGUCCAGUUCUUUGGCAUUGAUUCUAUCAGAGCACCGUAGUAUUGUGAACUAUCUACAGAAGUUUCACCCUGAUGAAGAUGGGCCAUUUGGGAUAACGGCCACAUGUCUUGAAACAUUUAUCAAAAGCUGUGCUGGUUACUCUGUUAUCACUUAUAUUUUGGGGAUAGGAGACAGGCAUCUAGAUAACCUUCUUCUGAGGGAUGAUGGGCGACUCUUCCAUGUUGACUUUGGUUUUAUUCUUGGCCGAGAUCCCAAGCCAUUUCCACCACCUAUGAAACUUUGCAAAGAAAUGGUUGAGGCCAUGGGUGGAGCAGAAAGCCAAUACUAUACCAGGUUCAAAUCCUACUGUUGCGAAGCAUACAAUAUUCUCCGAAAAUCCAGCAAUCUUAUCUUAAAUUUGUUCCAUUUGAUGGCUGGCUCCAACAUUCCCGACAUAGCUUCUGACCCUGAAAAAGGCAUUCUCAAGCUUCAAGAGAAAUUCCGGCUGGACCUGGACGACGAGGACUCCGUACAUUUUUUCCAGGACCUCAUUAAUGACAGUGUUAGCGCUUUGUUCCCUCAAAUGGUUGAGACCAUUCAUCGGUGGGCUCAAUACUGGCGCUGACUGCAGAAUCUCCCUGAGGCCUUCGGUGGCCUUGCAUAUCCAUCCGGCAUGUUGAUGAAGUGGGCCACACGCACGCAAAGAAAGUCAUUUUAAAGUAGUCAAACUAAUGGUCACAUUCAAGAUGGAUGGUUGCCUAACCAAAGAUUGAUAAAGAAGUCAGUUGGAGGACCAAGUCACCCCCUCGGCAUCAAGAUGCAUGCAUCUGUACAAUGGUUUGUAUAUAAUUAGAUAAAAUAUAAUUUAUGGUCUGUUAUAACAAUAUCAUCGUUUCAUAAUCAAAUAUCACACAUCUGUUUUAAGUUUCA